AUGUUACACUCGACGUACCUGAUGCAACGAUUGAAUUGCCUACUUCUCACCAAUGAUCGAUAUGUUUCCAAGGACGAUGAGGAUCAUCAUGAAGGAAGUGGUGAUGAUGAUGAUGAGGAGGAGAGCAUGUUCGGAAUGAAUAUGAAGCAAGUGAGAUAUGAGCAGGAUCAUGUGGUGGUGGAAGAGGAUGAUGAUGACGUUGAUGAUGCAACAUCAGCUUCUCCAGCUACAACCCAACAACAAUCAACCAAGAAGAAGCAGCCAAUCAAGAAGGAAGAAGUGUCAACUGUAAAGAAACGAAAGCAUGUCACCACAAAAUCCGAUGAUGAUGCCACUACCACAGCUAGUACGACUGACAGCAGCAAAAAGAAGCACUCUGACAAAUUGCAAGAGUUGAAGAAUCGAAUUAAAAAGUCCAAGCUGAAGUAA